AUGGAGAAUAAUCUUGAAACUGGAAAUGGAGGAGCCCCAACAACUGCCGGAAGACCUUCAAAUAAAAGACUUCAACAAACUCAGGCUCAAGUUGAUGAAGUUGUUGGCAUUAUGAAGGUUAAUGUUGAGAAAGUUCUUGAACGCGACCAGAAACUUUCACAAUUAGAUGACCGUGCUGAUGCACUUCAGGAGGGUGCAUCUCAAUUUGAAAAGUCUGCUGCUACAUUGAAACGUAAAUAUUGGUGGAAGAAUAUUAAAAUGAUAAUUAUCAUGUGUGCUAUAGUUCUUCUUCUUAUCAUAGUUAUUGUUCUUUGGGCUGGUGGAAGUAAUAAAUGA